AAAAUAAAAUGCAAAAUUAAGAUUAAGAAUAUCUACACAAUAAUGUGAACCCCAUCUUAGAAUAAUUGGCACUCUAUUUAGUUAAAGAAAAGCCUGACAAUGUGGUAUAUCUUAUUCACUAUGAUUUUAAUAGACACAAGCAUCAAUCGAAUGGUUAAGCGUAACAGGAGGUAAUCUUAUUAUGCAUCAAUUCACUAGCUCAAAUUGAAAAUGGAUUACACAACAAUCAACACAAUGAAACUGUCGAAUCUUCCGAUGAUACAGAAUCUGAUGAAGAUGACUAUGAACUAUAUGCUAAUAAUCCAAUCAGACCUGAUAGAGCAAGUGUAAGCGCUGAAGUCUAUGGAAUUUAUAACAAAAAAACCAAUUUCAAACCUAAAAUAGUCGCAAAGUCUCACCUACAAAUUCAGAAAAUCAAAGAAAAAUUAGCAUAAUCCUUUAUGUUCUCAGAAUUAGAUGAACAUGAUUUGAGAAUCGUAAUCAAUGCCAUGGAAGUCGUACAAUGCAUCAAAGGAGAUGUUGUCAUCAAAUAAGGAGAUGACGGCGACAACCUCUAUAUCGUUGACGAAGGAACUUUGGAUUGUUCACGAACUAAAGCCGGCCAAGAUCCUGUGCAUCUUAAAACUUAUAAACCAGGAGAAUCUUUUGGUGAAUUAGCACUCUUAUACAAUUCACCUAGAGCAGCCACCAUAGUUGCAGAAGAAAACUGCGUCCUAUUUUCUCUGGAUAGAGGAACAUUCAAUCACAUUGUCAAAGACGCUGCUAUCAGAAAGCGAGAAAGAUAUGAAUACUUUUUAGCUCAUGUCGAGUUGCUUUAAGAACUUGAUCCUUACAGCAGAUCAUAAAUUGCAGAUGCCCUAAAAAGCAAAAACUUUAAUAUUGGAGAUUACAUUGUCAAAGAAGGAGAUGAAGGAGACAUCUUCUAUUUCCUCGAAAAAGGAGAAGCUGUGGCCACUAAAGUCUUGAAUCAGAGUAUUAAAUGAUUUAUCUACAAUUUUUAGGUUAGCCUGCUUAAGUCGUCUAUUUUUAUAAGGAGGGUGAUUAUUUUGGUGAAAUUGCAUUACUUAGAUAGGCUCCAAGAGCUGCUUCUGUGAUUGCUGAGGUAUUCUUUAUUUCUAGUUUAAUUUAGACUCCAUGCACAGUAGUUUAUUUGGAUAGAGAGACAUUUAAAAGAUUAUUGGGCCCUCUAGAAGAUAUACUCACUCGUAAUUUUAAGAAAUAUGAAAAAUACAUGAAUUGA